GGGAGUUGUGAUUAGUUUUUUGCACUUCUGUCCCCCCUUUUUUUUCUUACUCGGAAGAGUAUUGGGGUACCCCGCCGUAUUUUCUCUAUUGAUUCGCGCGAUGGAUAUUUUAGGUAUGGGGGCCCAUUCUCUUCUGGUAUUUAUUCUGGGGCGUGGGUUGGUACUUUCAAGUCUCUGGGAUCUUCUUUUCGCUCUCCAGAUAUGGUUAUUGGGCGACGAACGGCCGGGGACUAGACUGAUGACCACCCAUUCACCACGCGCGAUUUCAUUGAUUUCUUUGUCACUCAAUACUUCUAGCCCUGCACUCAAUCCGUUUGUUCUUUUCCACGUUUCGCUCUUAUCAUUUCAUUAUGCUCAGCUGGGCCGAGCCAUUAUAUUGUACUUUCUUCACUUCGAGCGUUUUUCCACCAUUUUCCUCCUUGCUGUCACACAAUACAACACUGCAAUUGUUUCCUUGGUGACAAUGAGGCGUCGUGCAAAAACGAUGAUGCUCCCGCCUAGUUUCAUUUGGACCUGGAGAGAUGCUUUCCAAUGUACCGUCCCUAAACCAGUAGGCACUUUGAAUGAAUUUGAAAAGGUUCUCUCUCGAUCACAUGAGGGUUGAAUUGUCGGUGAUUGCCGUGAUGUCCGAUCUUUUAGUACUUUUGUGCAACGGUAACCGCAUAUCAAAACGCCUCAUUUGUCUCGCCUCCUUGACGUUAACUUUUACGGUCUCUUGGCCUCGCCUCUAACUCGUUCCUUCUCUC